AUGUCAUUAUCUACAUCAUGUAAAUCAUGUCGUCGUCCUAAUUGUCGUCAAUCAGGAUGUACUUGCAGUCAAAUAGUACUUACACGUUCAUCACUUAAUCGUGAUUUACUUACAUUAAAAUCUCAAUCAUAUUUUUCGGAUUUUAUAAUACAAGUUGGUGAAUGUAUAUAUCCUGUUCAUCGAUCUAUACUUGCUGCUCGAUCAAAUGUUUUUCUUACUAUGUUUCAACAAAAAGAUACAACUGAAAUGACUUCAUCCAUACUUAUUUUAAAUAAUUAUAAUUCAUCAUCUAUUGAUUUAUUUCUUCAAUAUCUCUAUUCCGACACAUGUAUAUUUACUGAUGAUAAAAAAGCUGAAGAUAUACUUGAAUUAGCUGAUAAAUAUAAUGUUGAAAGUUUAAAAAACUUAGCUGAAGAUUAUUUUAUUUUAAAUAAAGAUAAUUGUCUUCGAUUAUUAAUACUUGCCGAUCAACAUACAGCGACACGAUUAAAAGACUCAGCAUUAAAAUAUAUUAAUAAUAAUUUAGCACAAAUAUUUUCUGAAACAACAGGUACAGCGGAUUGGACAACAUUUCGACAAACAUAUCCAAAUUUAAUUGCUGAUCUCUAUGAAAAAGCUCUUAAUUUACACUCUAUAUUAUUACUCAAACGAUGA